CAGCGACUCAAAUAAUGAUCGUUUUCGACGCCUGGAAGCCGAAAAUGCCAAACUACCACCUCAGGACUCUGAAGAAUAUUUGUUGGCUCGUUUGGAGCGUCAAAAUGCUCUUUUGAAUGCUGACCCUAAAUCUGUCUGUAUCGAAUCCAACCGUCUCAAGGCAGAUUUCUCUACUCUACGAACCCUCGUCUCCGAUAACACGUUCUCACCCACACGUAUCGAGGAUACCGAGGCUCUGUUGAACCGGAGCUCUAUCAAACACACACUCGAAUCCACAGACUACGAUGUGUCUGAUUGGGAUUUCUGGCAGUGUGUGGUCGACGAUUUCCCUGUAGCUGCUGCUAAAUUACCCCACCUGCUGGCUGCCAAAUUACGUUACGGCGGGAUUCCUCAUCGUCUCAGAGGUGUGGUGUGGCAAGCCAUGGCACGUUCCUCGGCCACAAACUUGGAAUCGAUGUAUGAUAGUCUGGUUCUCGAAGAGACCCAGAGCCCAUCCCCUUACGAACGAGUCAUCAAGCGUGACCUCUCCCGCACCUUCCCUCACAUCGAAAUGUUCAAAGCUGACGGAGGAGAGGGCCAGCAAGCCAUGGGCCGUCUGCUCAAGGCCUACAGUGUCUACGAUGCCCAUGUGGGCUACUGUCAAGGACUGGCCUUCUUGGUUGGACCUCUAUUGAUGGUGAUGCCAGAAAAGCAAGCAUUUUGUGUAUUUGUGAGAUUGAUGGAGACCUAUGAUAUGCGUACAAUGUUUACUCUCAACAUGGAAGGUCUUCACCUUCGUCUGCAUCAAUUCCAGACUUUGCUAUCCCAAAGAUGUCCUCGUCUUGAUGCUCAUCUUACCCAGCACUCAAUUCACCCGGCCAUGUAUGCCUCGCAGUGGUACCUAACCCUCUUCGCCUACUCACUGCCCUUGCCACUAGUCCUGCGUAUCUAUGAUCUUGCUCUGGCCGAAGGUGCUGUCGAGACCAUCACACGUGUGGCCAUUGCCCUCAUGGUCAAGAACGAGGAGCACUUGCUUGACAUUGACGACUUUGAAGAACUCAUGAUCUACCUU